UUUCUGACCCUUUCCCCCUCACGUUUCCCGCCCUUUUUGGCCUCACGCUUCCAGCCCUUCUUCCCUCACAUUUCUGACCCUUUCCCCCUCACAUUUCCAUCUCUUUUUCCUCUCACCUUUUCCCUCUCUUUUCCCUUCACCUUUCCCCCUCAUUCCCUCCCAGGCUCUCCUGUGUGGAGGCAGCACAGGCAGGUCCUCGCUCCAGCACCACCAUGGACUGGUUCCACUGCUGUCGCUGCUUCCGCCAGGAUGGCGCCCGCUUCGCCAUCACCAACUGCGGCCACAUCCUGUGCGAGGGCUGUGGGGGCUCAGGUCCCUGCCCAGUCUGUGACACCGCCUGCCGCUACCUGCCCAUAUCUGAUCAGAUGCGCCCAGAGGAGAAGGUUUUCUUCAAGAACCCAGUGGCCCUCGCCCUCAAGCACCUUGCCCACAUCACGCAGGUGUGGCGGUUCCAGACGGCACAGGCACAACUUCUGGUGGACUUGCACCGGGACAGAACUCGGCGGGUGCAGGCAGAGCUGGACAAGGCCAGAGAGGAGCUGGGGGAGAGGAGGAGGGAGCUGGAGUCACUUCGCCGGGAGAAUGAGGAGCUGCGCCGCAUGCAGGUGGCCCCUAAAGCCCCCCUUCCCCUUCCCUGGCCCCCAAACUGCCCCCCAAAGCCCUCUUGCUCCUUCUUUCACCCCCAAAACUCCCUGCCAUCACCAUCGUCACACUGUCACCCACUGCCCCACCAUUGCCACACACCCACUGUCCCCCCCAAAUCUCCCCACACAGCUCUCCCCAGGCUGGCACUGGAGAAGCCACAGCAGCACCCCCCGUCCCUCCCCCACACAUUCAGUCACCCCCCAGCCCCGCCGGCAGCUCAGCAGUCAAGUGGUCAGCCGCUUGGCCCCACUGGAGCCCCCCCAGUCCCACAGCACCCCAGGAUGGCAGGCUGGCGUAGCCUACAGAAAUUCAGGGACCUCCAGUGUAGGGCCCCCGUUGGCUGGGACAAGCGAGGGCUCUGCUCUGCGGCUGGCGAGGGGCGGGCGCUCCCAGUGGGAUCUCAACCGACGGCCAUAAAGGACAGAGAUCUCUGACGGGAUCCGAGGCUCCUGAACAGGAGCUCCGGGGCUUCCCUGGAUGUUAUACCUGGAGAUAGCUGGGGGCAGAAGUUGUUAAAAAAGGAAUAAAUAAAAAAAAAAAAUCCAAUUUUGGUGCCGUUUUGGGUCCGUUUGUGGGGCCGGGGUAGGGGGCGUGGCCUCUCUACGGCGAGGCCCCGCCCCCUGGGCGUAUCGAGGUUGUGUUGCUGCGUUCCUUUUGGUUGGUAGCUCGGUGUGGCCGUGGCCUAAGGGGAAAGCGGGAUAUGGAGACAAAAUGG